ACGAGAGUCGAACCUCAGUGACGAAUUCCCGAAACUGCCCUCCUCCACCAUCGCAGUCACACACCACCUUGCCACUCAUUGACCUAGUGGCUCAUCUUGUAAAUACCUUCUCCAUUCAAGGUCACUCUCUUCCUCCGCCAACCCCCACCGUCCUCUCCUUCUGUACCGACAGUCCUGUGUCUCUCUCUAACCCACGACUUUCUCACCGUUCUUUUCGACCGUCCCUUGCACCAAUACAUACACACAUAUAUACAUUCACAUAUAUGUAUAGAUAACUCACUUGUGUUGCACUCUGUAUCUGUAGCGCUAGGGUUUAUGCAAAGGCUUUGAGCUUCUCUGUAAUGCUUCAAGGGCCAUUGAAUUUCUGUUUAAGCCAGCAAUGUACGGUGUCACUCAACCUUUGAACGUGCCAAACCACUUCUCCGCCGCCGGCGAAGACGACGCUACAACCGGCGGCGGCGGCGAGUCCAUUGAUAAUUCUCAUGUUGGCUACGAAGCUCACUCGUUCGAAGACGGUGGAGUUGGUGACUUAGACGGCGUCGAGGUCGCCGUCCCUCAUGAAGCCGUAUACGCCGCCGAUGGUGGUGACUCCGAUGUGCAGCGUGGUGAUGUUUCUAACCAGCUUACGCUCUCGUUCCGAGGCCAAGUUUACGUCUUCGACGCUGUUACAAUGGAAAAGGUUCAAGCUGUGCUAUUGCUUUUGGGUGGAUGUGAAUUUUCUCCAGGCGUACCUGGUGGAGAAUUAGCAUAUCAGAAUCAGAGGGGUACGAUGGACUAUCCCACGCGGUGUAGUGAUCCACAGAGAGCUGCUUCUCUGAGUAAGUACCGGCAGAAGAGAAAAGAGCGAUGCUUUGACAAGAAAAUCAGAUAUAAUGUCCGCCAAGAAGUCGCACUCAGGAUGCAGCGUAAAAAGGGUCAAUUUACUUCUGCCAAAAAAUUUGAGGAAUUUGUUGGCUGCAGCAAUCCUGAGGAUUCAGGACAGGAUGAGAGCCCUCCCGAAACUUCAUGCGCUCAUUGUGGCAUUGGUUCAAAGUCGACUCCAAUGAUGCGGCGAGGGCCAGCUGGUCCAAGGACUCUUUGCAAUGCAUGUGGGCUCGUUUGGGCAAACCGGGGGAUCUUGAGGGAUCUUUCGAGGAAAUUGCAUGAUGGCGCUCUGACUCCAGCUGAAGAGGAUGAAGGUGAUGAUGAAUCUGAAUUUAGAACCCCAGUCCGACCCACACACCAAUAGCGUUGCUUUCUCGGAUGGCGAGAACUCAGCUUUAGUUGCUGGGCAUUAACUUGGCAAGCUUUCAAACAGAUUGGCCACACUAGUUGCUCUCAUCAUCCUGACUAAUAGAGAGUUUUCUAGUACUUUCUUCUGGCUUGUCUUAUCAACUGUACAGACGUGUCUUCAAUCAAUAUAUGAGGCUAUAUAUCUUUGUUUUUCUGGUACUUUGCAUGAUAUUUACUUCGGGUGCUCUUCCUUUCAAAGUAUCAUAUGAUAAUCCUGCAGUUACAUUUUCCUUCUACUUAUGUUCAAACUAAAAUCCUUGGAAUUGUGGGGAAACAGAGACGCUAAAUUAACUCCAAUUGGGAUAUUAGUCAAACCCAACAUGUAAU